GAGCUGAACCCACAUCCGUUGAUCACGUGUUAAUUCCAAAAUCAUACAGCACUCAGAGCUAUAUUCUUCGUCGAUUUAAAUUAAACUUUUAGUUUAAAAUUCAUCUUUUCCGCGAGCAGUCGAAAUAUUCAAAAUGUGCAAAUUAAAAAUCAAAACAGUUCUUUUCUUAAUAGUACUUGAAAUAUUCAUUGUGGCCACAGCUGCCUUCGAAGAGACGUGCGAAUCGGACCGAGAAAUGGAAAAACAGUGCCGCUUGCAUAACUAUAAGACUGUGAAACCAUUGCUUGAUUAUUUUAGGCAAGUUCGAAAUGAAUUAGAAGACAGUGAAAUUAAGGAAAAGAAGUUAAAUGAUUAUUGACAAAUUAACACCAAUUUCUAAACUUUACGAUAAAUGUAAAGAGGAAGUAGCACAAAAAUCCAGCAGCUUAGAAUCUUCUGAAGUUCAAUUAAAACAACUUAAAUCUAGGCUAUUUGAAAAGGAUGAAAAUAUCAGGAGACUUAAUGCAAAUAUCGAAAAAAUUACAGAGCAAGAGCAAACACUUAAGUUUAAAUUGGAUGAAAGUCAAAAUAUAUUAAUAAAGAAAGACAAAGAUAAUCAGCUAUGCCAAUCUGAAGUUGAUACAUUGAACAGGACAUCAGAAAAUAUCAGUGAACAACAGAAAAAAAUUGAAUUGCAAUUCAAAGAUAGUCAAGCUAAGCUAAUAGAUAAAGUGAAAGAAAAUCAGCUAUGUCAAUCUGAACUUGAUAAGUUAAGACCCACUUCUUGCAUCCCUUUCGGAGAUUCAGAUGUUCAUAAACUCAAUGUUUCUGGGAUAGGUUUCUUCGAUGUUUUAUGUAAUAGUCAGUUAGCUGGACCUGGAUGGAUUGUAAUACAACAACGAGUUGGGGGAAAUGAGAGUUUCAAUAGGGAUUGGGCAACGUAUCGCAAAGGUUUCGGUGAAAUGGAUAGCGACUUCUUCCUUGGCCUAGAGAAAAUACAUCGUAUCACGAGUUUGCAGAGAUUCGAACUUUACAUACAUUUGGUUGCUCUGAAUGGAAGUGUUUUCAACGCUCGUUAUGACGACUUCAAAAUAUCUGAUGAAGACAAUGGAUACGCACUGAGUUUGGGCAAAUUCGAUGAAACUAUUAUUGAGGAUGCGAUGAGAGAAGGCGAAAACAUGAAAUUUACAACAUUUGAUCGCGACAACGACAUUGGUGAUUAUGAUAAUUGCGCAGUUGGAUACAAAGGUGGCUGGUGGUACACGGACACUGUUACUGUAAUUUAAAUGCACCAUAUGGGCCAGAUCUAAGUUGGGGGGUGAAAGAUGAAAUCGAAAUAAAAGAAGCUAAGAUGCUCAUUCGCCCCAAAAGAAGCGACGAAGAAGUGAGCAACUGAAGAGCUGAA